AAAACUUCCUUUACAAGCCUCACCUCUGUAUUUCGUUCGGGUCUUUCGAGGAGAUUGGAUGCAAAUUAGGUCUGGUAUACUGAAGUGACUGUGAAAAUGGAGUUCAAAUACUGGCUACUGGCUGUUGUGGUGGUAGUGGCGAUGUCCUACGUUUCUGUUGAAGGCGCAUUUGGUUCUGAGUGCCCAGAUGGAAAUACAUCACUUUGUAACUCAUCCGAAGUAUGUAACAACAACCUAUGUGCUUGCAAACCCGCAUACAAGAACAUGAGCAGUGACUGCGUGGCUAAAGAAUACAACGAUUCUUGCACUGUCACCCCGGACUGUCAGUCAGGGAAUUUAGGAGACAAGGGCGCCUGUGACAACACCACUAAGAUGUGUGACUGCAAUGACGGCUACUCCUGGAAAGGGGGCAUCUGCAAAGCCAAUGGGUACAACGAUACUUGCAAUACCACUCCGGACUGUCAACUAGGGAGUUUAGGAGAGAAUGGCACCUGUAGCAUGGACACUAAGAUGUGUCACUGCAAGGACGGCUUCUCAUUGGAAGUGGAUAUGUGCAGAGCUAAUGGAUACAACGAUAUUUGCUCCAACGACACGGACUGUAAAUCAGGGAAUUUAGGAGAUAAGGGCGCCUGUAGCACUCUCAAAUGUGGCUGCAAGGCCGGCUACUCCUGGAAAGCAACAGAGUGCAAAGCCAAUGGAUACAACGAUACUUGCACUGCCGACACGGACUGUCAAUCAGGGAAUUUAGGAGACAUGGGCGCCUGUAGCACUGGCAAAUGUGGCUGCAUGAAAGGCCACUCCUGGACAGCGCCAAUGUGCAAAACCAAUGAAUACAACGAUACUUGCACUGCCGACACGGACUGUCAAUCAGGGAAUUUAGGAGACAUGGGCACCUGUAGCUCUGGCAAAUGUGGCUGCAUUAAAGGCCACUCCUGGACAGCGCCAAUGUGCAAAACAAAUGGCGUUUCAGGUCUGACUGUAUCUAUCACGCUUAUGCUUGGAGUCCUCUUGUCCAAACGGAUAUUUUAGGAACAGCUUCCAUCGGCACUGAAUACUACAGGAAUACUAUCAUCUACAAUAGAAAAAUGGAAUAAAACACUAUGAUUUAUAAGUCUUCAAAACCCACAACUUCGAGAUACACGUAGUUCUUUUUUGUUUUCAAACGAAUAAAUGCUUGAUAUUGAGUGUCAUUUUCAGACAACUUAAAUUAAAUGAUCUGGAAUAAAAAUAAUGUACGUGUAAUUUUAAGAUAAGAAAAAGAUUAACAAAAUAACCAUACACUCAUGCACACCAUGUGUUCGUGUCGUUCAUAGUCAUUGGUUGUAUGAUUUGUCCAUAGAUAGCUUAGAGGGAGAUCACCCAAUGUUGAGAGGCUAUACAAUGUUAAGGAUAUACAGUCGAACCUCGUUGUCUCUAACUCCCAGUGAAAAAACGUCGAGCGUCGGAAAAUUCGAAUCAAGAGGGAUUGUAAACUUUUAGUUUAAAUAAAUCGGUCCUCUACAUCUAGUGCGAGCCAACGAGGAAUUCAAGCCAAGCUAGUUCGAGCCAACGGGGUUCGACUGUAGUUGUUAUUGUACGCUUGUCCAAGAUAUUUUUUUAUGUACUAUACACCAUCGACACUGGUGAUCAAUGUUAGAAAUAAGUUUUUGCUUGUUCUUAAGUUAAUUUAAAUUGAUUCCAGAGUUAUCGUUUUGAAAACCUAUACAAUUUUGAUGUACUCAACAAUAAGAUUAACGCCCGACCCACUUAACUAAACAUUAAAUGAAUAUAUAGCUCCAUAAAUUUGCUGUUUCCUUAGUUCUGGGAAUAAUUUAGGUUAUGGUCAAACUAUAUUGUCAUUACAUGAUACGGAAAGAAUGAAUAACAUACAAUAAUGUGUUCGAAUUUCAAUAUUUAGUGCCGCAUACUUAUGCUUUAAAAGUAACCAAAUAUUCAUCUAACUCUGUCAUGGGUUUAUGAUCUUUCCACAAACAGUGGAUUGGAAGACAUUUAGAUGUUGACAUUUUAUAAUAUUUUAACCCUAUUUGUUACUGUAUACAAAAUAAAAUACCAAAAGGAAG